CCUCCUUGUUCGUGGAGAUCUAGCGUCUCAGAUUUGUCUCUCUACUGCUCUUGUCAAGUUGAUUAACUGUUUCAAGAAACCUUCGAUUCUCCAAUCCUUCAGGCUGCCAUGUCCGAGACACCACCAGAAAUAGCUGACAUCAUGCGUGUAAGCUCACACCGUGAAGUCUACGAGCCCUGUGAUGAUUCAUUCGCUCUAGUAGAUGCCUUACUCACUGACCAAACCAACCUCAUAAACCACAAACCUAACAUUUGUAUGGAAAUCGGAUGCGGAAGCGGAUACGUCAUCACAUCACUUAUCCUCCUCCUCAAAUCAAAACUCUCCAACAUCCAUUACCUAGCCACAGACACAAACCCUCUCGCCGCAAAAGUAACAACCGAGACACUAGAAGCACAUGGCCUCAAAGCUGACGUCAUCUGCACGGACAUAGCUUCUUGUCUAGAGACAAGACUCGCUGGCUUGGUCGAUGUGAUGGUUGUGAACCCUCCUUACGUUCCAACGCCUGAGUACGAAGUUGGUAUGGAAGGUAUUGCAUCUUCUUGGGCUGGUGGGGAGAAUGGGAGGAGUGUUAUCGAUAGAAUGUUACCAGUGGUUGAUCGUUUGCUUUCUGAGAAAGGUUGGUUUUAUUUAGUGACGUUGAGUUGUAAUUACCCUUCGGAGAUUUGUUUGAUGAUGAGGAAGAGAGGCUUCGCGUGGAGGAUCUUGGUUCAGAGGUCUACUGAAGAGGAGAAUCUUAUUAUACUUAAGUUCUGGAGAGACGGAGAGGAGGUUGAGAGGUUGGAGGAGGAGACAAUAUCUGAUGAGUUUUCGAGAUCUUUAUCAUUGUUUAUGAGGAAACAAUGAUCUUCGGGAGCAUUCUUUGUUAACAAGAGCUUGUAAUGGUGUUUUGCAGACACUCCUUUUAAGUGUUGGUCUAGUGUUCAAAUUUUAUGAAAUCCCGGUUAUGUGUUGGUCUAUGGGGAAACAAUGAUCUCAGGAGCAUUAGCGGAAUAUGCCGGGUUUAGUGGGUGGGCGAAGUUAGGUUUUGUAACAGUAAGAUUUCCAUAAUUUUGCUCAAAGCAAGCUUGUAACCUCGUUGUUUUGCAGACACUCCUUUGAAGUGUUGGUGUAUACAAAUUUUAUGAAAUCCCGGUUGUGUGUUGGUC